GAAAUUCCCUAGAACCUAACCCAAGUUACAGUGAGACUUCUAUCAAUAAUAAUAGUGUAUAUGAGGUUCAGUUAGGUUUUGAGCAAUAAUACACAGAAUGAUGACUAUUAUACAGUAUUUACAUACUUCUUCUAAUGCUUAGUUAAAUUUUACGUAUUAUGAUUGUGCAAUGUAGUGUAUUUUGUAGUUAUUAAUUAUGAUAUGAUAUUAAUAAACUAGUUAAUGCCUAUUCUAUCCAUUUGAUUUGUAUACUGGUAAAUAAAAAAGCUAAAAUGGAAACAACAACUGCGGAGCCUAUGGAAGAAAGUCCUGAGAAGAUUCAUGCCAGUCCUCCAGUGCAAGUAGUAAGAGUACCAGUGAAGCAUGCAAAUCUUGGAAUAAGGAGUCACGCCAUUACUAUGUGUUUUAGGGACAUGAGUACCAUGGUAGAACUUACUUCCUUCAGUACCUUGGGUAAAAUACAACCCUUUUUGGUAACAAUAACUACUACAGCAGCUUUGUUAGUAGAUUUACAUUGCCAUUUAACAGACAAGGAAGUCUGUGGCUAUCUAGGAGGACAUUGGGAUAUUAAUUCACACAAUUUAUCAAUCACAACUGCCUUUCCAUGUCGAUAUUCUGGCAAAGAUAAAUCAGCUGCAGCUGCAGUUGAGUCUGAAAUUGCAAGAGCUAUGGAAUGGAAGCGGGUUACAUUAGUUGGAUGGUAUCAUUCUCAUCCUAGGUCCCAUGCUUCUCCUUCACUGAGAGAUGUUGAUUCUCAGUUAGAUUAUCAGAUUAAAAUGAAGGGACCUAGUGACAAUGGAUAUACUCCAUGUGUGGGAUUAAUAUGCUCUCCUUACAAUACUGAUGGGAAUUGCUAUGAGUCAAACUUCAAUGUAUUUUGGUCUUUACCACCUCCUGAAAAUCGGCCUCAUGAAUAUCCAAGACCAAUGCUAUUAAGCUACACUUUAUCUCAAGAGCACUUUCUUUCUCAAGACACAUUAGAAGAAAUUAGAAGAUGUAUAGAGUAUUAUAGAAGUGAAGGAGGAAUUGACUUUACUGCCAAUUUUAAUAACAAUACCACUUAUCUCGAACGUUUAAGAUGUUCGCUCGCGUCCAAGUUACCGGGACGAAAUAGAUCGAACGGUUCCUACUGGGACGUUAUUAGAGAGAUGAUUUGCCCCGGUUCUGAAGAUGGAACUUCGUCAGAAUUUCUUGCGAUGAAAUUUCCAUUGGUACCAGUCUCAGAACCUCUUGUUCCUUCGGUACCACCGGGAGUUGGACUUACACCGAACAACGCAGCUGUCUUCCUCACUCCUGUGAAUUUUAAGCCCGAUAGUGCCAUUAUUACGUCCACAUCGAAGCCUUUUGUAAUGCAGCCAUCCACGUCUAGAGAUAGUAUUAAAAAGGACAGCAUUUUAGGUACUGAUACAGCGUCAAUCACGCAGAUAAAAGAUGGCAAUACGGCAGCGUCUAAACAACACAUAUCACCCACGGAAGUGAUGCCCAGCUUUCAGUCCGGGGAAUUGACAGUCUCCGUAAAAAAUACGAAAUGUGACUACGAUUAUCCACCGUCCGAUUUUUCAAAGUUGCCCAAUCCACUCGGGGCAGAUAACGGUGUCAAUAAAUCGCGUUUGUCCGCGGCAUCCGAUUUCCCUUUGGCCGACAUAACGCAACAGAUCUCGAAGUUCUCAGACCUAUCGAAACUAGCAAAUUUUUCUACCGCUGACCUAGCGAAACUCUCCGGAUUUUCUAUCGCAGAUUUUACUAGAACAUCGUCACCAUCGCCAUCCACUUAUAUGCGUAACAUUGCGAAUUUGUUCGGUCCACUUGGGAAAAUUUCGCCUGCAAGAGACAUCGACGGGAGCGAGCGUAAGGCUAACGAUUUCGCAAUGGUGGACCCCAUACCGUCGCCAUUUAAGACGACUACUGGUUCAUCGGAAUCUUGUAGAAACUUUCCGGAAGAUUACUCAACGGAUCGAAAGAAAAUGGAGUUGCAGAAUGAUAGUUCUAAGUUGAAUAGAUCGAAUGAAUAUCAAGGAACAGAAGAUUUGUCGAUCUCAAGCGUUAAAUCCGAUUUUGGCGGAAUGUUAGACAUGACAACGUUGCACAAGAAACAACAGUCUAGCGACAUUGGCGAUUCGUUAAAUCUUUGUAAGGAUCGUCAAUGAAUCCAUGACACUAAUCAGU